AUGAACAUGUUGGACGUAGAAGACGACAGCUUUCACGUCACACGUGAAGGCUGCUCCCACCUAAGUGACUCAGAAUGGGAGGUAGUCCGCCGCAUGAGUGUGCUCAUGGGCGAACCCGCCAUCAUUGGUAUGUUGGAGUCUCUAAGCAGAGACCAGCAACAUGCUGCUAUCAUCAAGUUCUUACAAGGGGAAAUUGCCAUCGAACGACAGAAGAUAGCCUUGCUACAGCAGCAAGGCUCUCAUCAGUCGAUGGGCGGGCCGACGCACUUGCGUCGACCCGAAACCUUAAAGAUUUAUAUCUCGAGGUUCAAGGAAACCGAUGAAGAUUCUCUUUUAAGAUGGACGAGCGAAGACUUUGCCUUAGGGCUAAAGCUUCACGACCCAAACGUGUUUGAGACGCUGCAGAUCUUGAAGUCUCGACUCAUAGAGACGUUUGAGCUACCACGAGCCGAGUUCAAAGCACAUUCUGCACUCCUGAGGCUCAAGCAAGGUAAGCGUGAUGUGCAUGCUUACGCACAAUACCUACGCUGCCUUGCGAGGAGUAUUGCGGAGAACCCUGUUGAUGAGCACACGCUCAUCAUCGUGUUCAUCUACGACCUUGUAGACGGGCCGGUGAAGACCUACAUGUUCUAA